AUGCCAAUAGCACACAGCUUGAACAAAGUCACCAAAAACCUCUCGAAAUCAACAGGCUCGAUCCACAUCAAAGGCCGCAAAUUCAAGCAACUAAAUCGAGCCACGGUCCGGGAAAAACACCUUCAUCAAAAGAAGCUCGACUCGAUAGAAAAGAAAAGCAACGAGUUGGUCAUCGUCAGCUACAUCCAAACUCAAAUUGAAAACGAGACGCGGACAGAGUACACCUUGCAAGAUAUCAAAAAUCUCAUCACGAGAUACAUAGAGCAAGAUAAGGUGAAAUUGGCGGAGAUGGAGAAAAGUCAUCGCAAGGGGAGACCCAUUGCUGCUAAGCAGAAGAUCUUGCAGGAGAAGGUCAAACACGAGGAACACAUGUUUGACACCGGUUACAAAGUGCCUGAUUUGAGUGAUGCUGAAACUGUGAAGCGGUUGCGGGCGUGGAAUGGCACGACUGGCGCCACGACGGGGUUCAAAUUUGUGUUUGUGCUGCGUGGAAUGCAAAGCUUCCCCGCCGCCGAGGUUGAAAUGGAGUAA